GAAAAACAAACUGACCAGAAUGAAGAACACCCAAGUACCAUUUUCAGAAACUCACUCUUCCUCACAAAUAAGGAUGGAAGUGUAAACAAUAAUUUUUACAAAUAUAUUGAGGAGAAAAACCAAAGUAAGUGUCCACUAGGGGUUGAAUGUCCAUUGGCUCACAGUAAAGAAGAGAUCGAUUAUCAUCCUCUGCUCUAUAAAACCAAAAGGUGUGAAGAUUAUAUGCAAGCCAAUUGUAAUAGGUACUAUUGCCCUAAUUUACAUGGCCUAGCGGAACAGAGAAAAAUAAAGGAGUAUUUCAUACCAUUCUGUAGCAAAAUAGAUAUCCCCCCUUACCCUAACGUUACUGUAGUGAAUAAAAUUCAAUAUGGUUCAUUUAAGGGACAGAAUCAAGGGAGGAGUACUGCUAAGAAAAGCAUCUCAUCACAGCAAGGGGGUAUCUCCUCUUCGCUGUAUUUUAACUACCCACAUGGGAAAAAUAAUCAUUCCCAUAGGGAGGGAAACAGAAUGAUAAAUGUAAAGGAGAAGAAAAGUGUUGAUGCGAAGUAUGACUCGAUUAGAAUCCCUUACCAUGAGAAGAAGCUCUCCUUCCACGACUCCCACAUCCAUGACAAAAGACGCAGUACGUACUGUUAUGACCACCAGUUUAUUACCUACGAUGAUAACUUAACAAGGAAAAAAAAAAAUUCCAUUUUCUCCUACCUGAAUAACUAUGACUAUAAGUAUACGUUGUAUUUGAACAUUUUGAAAAAGUUUGUGCACCUCUUCGAUUUGGACAUUUCGGAUAUGGACUCCGGGGUGCACAUGCCUGGUCACUCUGCUAGCCACUUGGAGGACCACUCAUGGGAGAGUGACCUUAUGAAGAACACCUCUAAUGUGAGUCUCUCUGACCAUAACGCUACCCCCAUUUGGAGCAGCAACCUUGGGAGCCCUUCCAAAGAAGACACCCCAAUGCAGUUACCAACUGACAACAACUACAACUCGUUGCAAGAAACUAUGGAUAAUAUUUUCUUCAAUAAAAAAUACUCUCACAUUUUAAAUCAUAUACUUAACAAGAAUCUGGAACUUACGAAAAAUAAAAUCAGAGAGAAGAACCACUCGGCCAAGAGUAGCUACACCGAUAUAGACAAUCUGCACAAGACCACCUCUAACGAUAGCAGCAAUGUGCGCGCGUCGUUUUCUCAAAAUUUGGGAAGUCAGAUCAUGACCCCCACAGAAGGAGACAACCAAACCUACGAGAGCUUUUUAAAUUUGCUCAUUCAUGUGCUCUGUUUGCUUUACUUCACCACUGACUCCAGGGCGCACUCAUCCUUCGAUCUGUACACGCACGAGCUGGCCAAGCGGCUUCACUGUGAGAGUAAAAAAAUGAGGGACCUCAGCUUGGAGAAGUACCUGGCCAGUGGCGUCAAGGAGCUGAUUUAG